GAUAGUUCUCAGACUACAGCAGCAGCACGCUGAUGUGCUUCAGUAGUAAGGUAAAGGGAAUCGGUUUGCAUCUUCUACAAGCAUUUUAGAACUCAUGCGUGAAAUCCAAAGUAAGACAAGAAGAGAAAUCUUUUGCCCCGGCUCAUCUAUUUAAUGCGGCUUGUUACUGGAGACAGCCGGCUUGGAUAUUCCAACUGGAACACUGCGAGGAUUGGGUCUCUUUUACGAUACGUGCGCAUCUCCGUGGGUUUUGUCCCAUAACAAGUUUCCUCCGCCAAAAGGAGCACAGCUUGAAUAUCCCAGGACACCAGGCACCGAGGCACUCAUAAUCCGAUGGAUGCUAACAGAAGUCUCAUAUAAUUUGAUCUAAUGGAAUCGGAUAAGGGCGAAUAUUCUCCCCUGGAUAAAGAGAUGGUGAACUCUCAGUCCGUGUUUUUGCCCAACCAGGACUUGGUGGUUUCCUCAAUAAUGCAGAAUCAGUCAAACUUGAAAUUCUCUUCCGGGUCUUUAGAUAAUGAAUGUUCUCCUAUCAACCAAUCAGAUGAUGGAAUAUUGGAUCAAACUGGGUCAGCUUGUUUGCAGAUGGAUACAGUUGGCUUUGGUGGCCAAUCACAUGAUUCUGAGACACAGGCUAACAGAAAGAACUCUGAUUCCUCUAUGAGCCCCAAUCUCUCGUCAUCGUCACCCACAGACCACCUCCAUGUGAGAUUUCCAAUUAAAACUUCUCCCAAUGAAGAGUACCGAAGGUACAGCUGUGACGAUGCCACAGAACGGAGCUAUAACAAGUACAUGAAAGGUAGAAAUCAGUACCACCCAUACAAGAGGCAAUUCAGUGAUGUUUUUCCAGACACCCUACAUUCUCUGUCCCUUGGAGAAAAAACAUUCAAAGACAUGGAUGGGAUAGAGGUCUUUGAAGAUGUCUGUGGACCAUCUGUCCCUGAAGAUACAGAAACUUUUGCCACACAUGAUAUUUCAGCCGAGACCACAUGGUGCAAUUCCCUGCAGUACAAUUCAGCUCAAGAUGAAGGGUCGCAGAUAAUGAUGGGGUCAGAAGUGAAACUGAAGCCAGCAUCUUUGGUCAUGCGUCAACAGGAAAAAGAGCAACGAAUGUACUGGUCGCAGUCACCAACACAACAAAUAUACUGCACCCCACAGACAUUUCCACAGUAUUCUACAGGGGGAAGCUAUCCCGUGACAUAUAUUUCCACAUCGCAUUAUCCAUACCAAAGGAUUGCACCCCAAGCCAGCCUGGAGUCCCAGCAGCCUCUUUACCCCAAACCCAUCUAUUCCUACAGCAUUCUGAUAUUCAUGGCUUUGAAGAACAGCAAAACGGGGAGCCUACCUGUGAGUGAGAUUUAUAAUUUUAUGACUGAACACUUUCCUUACUUCAAGACGGCUCCAGAUGGUUGGAAGAACUCAGUGCGCCACAACCUUUCCCUGAAUAAGUGCUUUGAGAAAGUUGAAAACAAAUCUGGAAGUUCUUCCAGAAAAGGAUGUUUGUGGGCCCUCAACCCUGCAAAAAUCGAUAAAAUGCAAGAGGAAUUGCAGAAAUGGAAACGAAAAGAUCCCAUCACUGUGAGAAAAAGCAUGGCAAAGCCAGAAGAUCUGGAUAAGCUAAUAGGUGAGAGAACCGAGAAACUGAGGUCUUCGCUCAUGGCUUGCAAUUCAGUUGGCCUUGUAAACUCUUCUGUUGCAAUGCAGAUGUCUAUGCAGACAACACUGUGUGAAUCCAGCAUGUCACCUUCUGUGCCCACAUCACUGCAGUCCGUCCAUGACGUGUCCGGGUCUUUACACGUUAAAAAGCAACUAACUGGUCACCAGCCGCCAUGUUAUUCUUCUCUACCUCAUGGCUACCCACAGUUAUCUCCUGCAAUGAUACAGCAACCUCAUUGCCUCCCUCAAAAUCACUUCUCACCUCAAGAUAACCAAACUGAACUGAGAGCACAGCCUAUCAACCCCCAGGACUCUCCAAUCCCUGCCCACACUCCACCUCUGCAUAACAUAAAGAUGCUGACCGAGCAUUCUCCAGCCAGAACCAUGCAAGAGCAUCUCAACGAAGGGGAGCUUAGCAACGACAUUGAUGCCCUCAAUCCAUCCCUUACAGACUUUGACCUUCAAGGGAAUCUUUGGGAGGAGUUAAAGGAUGACAGCUUGGCUUUGGAUCCAUUGAAUCUUAUUUCUUCCUCACCAACUCCACCUCCGCCGCAGUAUUACCUUCACAAUGGAAACGGUGUUGGCAACAGCGUUGACAUUAGUUCCCCUACUAGUGCUUCACAAAUGGGAUUAGGGGACAUCCAUCUAACCACCGUGUAUUCGUCUUUCAUGGAACUGGAUACUGCGAUGCCAUCAUACAUUAACACGUCUGGCUCCAAGCAUGUUGCAAUCGUGUAAACCAAAAGAAAUUUCCAAAGCACCCAAUACAUUUUUCUCUCUAGACUGAACUAAAGAAAAAGCUACGUGGAGCUACAAUUCCCUAGAGCUUUCUAAAUUUUAUAAUUUACCACUUAACAAGGA